AUGAUUUUAAAGGUGGUGAAGCAAAAAACGGAUGCUGCUGAUGAAAAGAACCUUCUGAAGAUGAUACUCGAGGGGGCGAAAGCUUUUGGCGGUGUAGAUAGCCCAUCUCUUGGCCUUACUCAGGACAAAUUCAUUGUAGAUAACUGCAAGAGAAUAUAUUUUGCUGACCAUGAGAGCACUGGUACUACAACAUCUUGGGCCUUGUUGCUUGGCAAACUCGAGUUCCUCACUAUGGUGAUUCAAGAGACUUUGCGCCUUUACCCGUCUAUAGUUUAUGUCCUAAGGAACGCCUUGCAGGAUGUUCAAUAUAAAGACAUUCUAGUUCCAAAAGGAGUAAAUAUUCAGAUCCCAAUCUCUAUAAUGCAACAAGACACUAAUUUGUGGGGUCCUGAUGCCCACCAAUUCAAUCCAGGAAGAUUUGAACAUGGAGUUCUUGGAGCUUCCAAGUUUCCUCAGUCUUACAUGCCCUUUGGUGUAGGGACUAGAAUUUGUAUUGGCCAGCACCUGGCCAUGACAGAGCUGAAAGUGGUAGUCGCGCUUCUCUUGUCCAAGUUUUGCUUCUUAGUCUCACCGGCCUACCGCUAUGCUGCAGCUUUCAGGUUGGUCAUUGAAUCAGAACAUGGGGUUAAUGUUUAA